AUGUCAUCCACACCAUCCUCGAGCUCCUUCACCGAAUCCUGGCUCCCAGGCCCGCAAUCAACCUCCUUCUACACGCGACUCUACACCCCGCCCCCCGCAACACCCACACGCGCCCUCCUCGUCUUCGUACACGGCUACCUCGAACACAUCGGCCGAUACGAGACCGCGCAUUCGCGCUGGGCAUCGCGAGGCGUAGCGGUCUUCGCGUAUGACGAGCGUGGGUUCGGCAGGACUGCGUUGGGCGAGCAGAGGAGCGCUGGGGCGGGGUAUGGGAGGACGGGCGGUGGGGAUGCGCGGAUGGGCGAUCUGGAGUGGGCGUUGAGGUAUGCGAGGGAGGAGGUGAAGGGCGUGCCGAUGUUCUUGAUGGGUCAUUCGAUGGGAGGAGGCCUCGUCUUGAGCUUCGCAACGCGUCUCCGCUCUCCCCCGUCAAAAGACACAAUCGGCCUUCUAUCGGGCGUUAUAGCGUCGUCGCCUCUAGUCCGCAUCGUCCGUCAAGCACCGUCUUCGCUGUUCUUGUACACCAUCACAUUCCUCAGCAAACUCUUUCCUAAUAUACAACUCAAUACACCGGUGCAAGAUCAGGAUCUAUCGCAUGACCCUGCUGUAGGGCCCGAGCAUCUUGCCGAUCCGUGGAUGAAGGGCCACGCUUCGCUUGAGGGCAUAGUCGACAUGCUGUCUAGAGGCGAGCUACUGCUCACGGAAGGCCAUCGCGUGUGGCCGAAGGAUUUACCUGUACUCAUUCUACACGGAGAUGAAGACAUGAUCAACGGCUUCCCCACAUGCAAGGACUUCUUCGACAUCCUACAAACGCCCGAUAAGACCUUCGUCGAGUAUCCUGGUAUGUUUCACGAUCUGAUGACAGAGCCGGACGUGAAGGAGAGGUACUUUGAAGACUGUUAUUCCUGGCUUGAUCAGCGCGUCCCUUCGUAG